AUGCCAUUAUCUUACAAACCAGGUGCUCAAGCUAUCAAACCAGCUCAAAUUCCAAGUCCAGGUAACAAUUCAUUCUUGGAAGAUGUUUUCACUAGUGAUGCUCCAAAAGAUAAACAAAUUUCUUGUGGUUUUUACAGACAAGAAGCAGGUGAACCAUUAGUAUACACUUAUACUUAUGAUGAAAUGAAAAUUGUUCUUGAAGUUGAAGGUGAAUUCAAAAUUACUGAUGAAACUGGCACCACUGUUUACCCAAAACCAGGUGAUGUUUUAUACUUUCCAAAAGGAACUAAGAUCACUUUCGAAACUACUGGUUAUGCUUUGAACUUUUUCACUGGUUUGAGACCAAAUGGUGAAGCUUAA